AUGACAUUUGUGCUUAUGUUUCUUGAUUGCACCCACGGAUUUGGAGUUGGAUUUGAUGGCCUGCAGGAAUCUAGGCUUUUAAGACCAGCACUGAAAAUCGUGGGAGUUGGCAACGCUGAGGUGGGCAGGGAAACCGAGGCACAGAGGGCUGGCGGCUUGCCCAAGGUCACCCUGGUGUUGGUGGCACAGCUGGGAGAGACCCCUGACCUCUUCCCCCCCCCCCCCCAACACACGGACACACAUGGUAUCGGAGCCCAAUUUCCGCUCCGACAGCCGCACUCCUCCGUUUCCAGUGGGGAUCCUGCUUCCUGGUGGCCCUACUGCCUCAAACGCUGCAGCUACUGCAACUUCAACAAGUACAUCCCCCGGGGCCUCGACGAGGCGGCGGUGCGGAGCUGUCUCGCCCGGGAAGCCCAGACCCUGAUCCAGCUGAGCCGAGUGCAGAGGAUCAGCUCAGUGUUCUUCGGCGGGGGGACGCCAAGCCUGGCCAGCCCGCUUACCAUCGCUGCGGUGCUGGAGACCAUUUCCCAAUGCGCUCGCUUGGCGGCAGACGCGGAGGUCACUCUGGAAGCCAACCCCACCUCGGCCGGAGCCUCGCGGCUGGCGGGCUUCCAGGCAGCAGGUGUCAAUCGCCUCUCUGUUGGCAUCCAGUCAGCGGACAACGCAGAGCUCCAGCUCCUGGGGCGGGACCACACGGCGGAUGAGGCUUUGAGAACCCUGGAAGAGGCCAAGAAACUGUUUCCAGGACGCACGUCCAUCGACCUCAUCUUCGGCCUCCCGGGCCAGAGCGUUGCCUCGUGGGCCAGGGGGUUGGAGCACCUGCUUCAGCUGUGCGACGACCACGUGUCCCUGUACCAGCUCACGCUGGAGCGGGGCACCUCCCUCUUCAAGCAGGUGCAGCAGGGCACCCUGCCUACACCCGAGCACGACGUGGUGGCUGAGAUGUACGAAGUGUCGCGGCAGAUGCUGCAGGAUGCAGGCUUCCGGCAGUACGAGGUCUCCAACUUUGCCAGGAAUGGCGCACUCAGCACCCACAACCUGUCCUAUUGGCAGGGGGGGCCCGACAACGGGGUCUCCAGGCCUGUCUCUCUGCCAGGAGCCCACGGGAGGUUUGUGCCCCGAGGAAGCGGUACGAGCCUUCGGGAGGCCCGGAUACAGACCCUGGAGCCAGACAACUGGAUGAGGGAGGUGCUGGCCUGGGGACACGGGACCAGGAAGCGGGUUGCGCAGAACCCACUGGAUGUGCUGGAGGAGAUCUUGGCUCUGGGGCUCCGCACGGAUGUUGGGAUCACACACCAGCACUGGCUGCAGUUUGCUCCCAGCCUGAGCCUGUGGGAUGCAUUUGGAGCCUCGGAAGAAGUGAAGGAGCUGGAGGACCAGGGCUUCCUGCUUUUGGACCACAGGGGGCUAAGAUGCUCUUGGACAGGUUUGGCUGUGCUGGAUUCUCUGCUACCAACUCUUCUCAACCAGCUCCAGCAGACCUGGGCAGACAGGGUAUCUCCUACCUGAUAGCUCCCUGCCAGGAGGCAGGGGUUUGUCUUGGCACAUGCAGACAAGCCGCUCAUGGAUUCUGUCCACCUGGGGAACUGGAACAUGGAUAGAUCUUGCCUCCAAUCUGAAAGGCAUUUCAGAGGGAGCACUUAAUCCCUAAGCAUCUGGAGAGCUUGGCUGUUACCGUACUGGAUCCCAGGGUAAGGGCCCCUCUGGGAGAUGUUGCAUCUAUGCAGAGCAGAGAAGACACCAGUUCUUUGCUUUCUAAGCACCCUGUGUGCUAAGUGCUAUGGAGAAUAAAACGGGUGAAGUACGUUUUAACUUUAGAACGAAUGCAAAGAAAAAUCAAGCAUUGGCUUCUGCAGUUACAAAAACAUGAGGAAGGGAGGUCCUGCACUGUGCAGGCAGCCUCACUCCAGUAGAGGGCAGUAAGGGGCAGCACAAAUCCUGCCCUAGCAAAACUCCUUAGAGAGACUUUGGACCCACAGCUCCCCAGAAGGGGAUCACCCCCCAAAAGGGGAUGUCUCACUCCCUGCCUGGGGUUAGCUUUGUGGCUGCUGGGUUUUUGUUUGGAUGAGACUUUCCCUUUGCUCUGUUUAUACCAGAGUGAGUGAAGGGUUUGCUGGCAAGACUUUCAAUAUGCUUGACCUUGGGACUCCAGUGUUGAUACUUCCAGCCCAGCUCAGAAGCAGGGCUCAGUGUCUAACUCAUCUCCUUUUAUUGUUCUUGCUGCCCCGAGUGCUAGAGCCGCAGGUAGGUGGCAGGAAUUGCAGAGACUCAUCUCCCACUACUCCGGAGAGCUGGGAAGAGGCAGAUCCUACCUCCAAGGAGUGCGCACCGUGAAGCCCCCAUCCUCUACCAUGCAGAUUGCACAUGGAUAUUGGUCACCUUCCCAGGGGAUGCACUGCUGCACUGACCAUGUCCGGAGGGGGCUCUGUCCACUUUUACUGACAGAACGCUUGCCAUCUACUUUUAUAUAAUCCAUAGAAUAUAUCUGUAGAGCUUGGGCAGGGGCAGGGUACCCCAGUUUGCCAACAUGCCAUGCCUGGGUGAAGCGGUAGAUAGGCCCAACAAUGGCUGAGUCCAGCAGACCAGCUCAUUGCAAUAUCUACUGGAUCACAUAGCUUCUCCCUGACUUCUGCAAGAUCACUUCCCUUUGAAACCGAAGUGAGGGCUGAUAUUACUAUGCAGGAGCUGGGCUUCCCUUCCACGCUUUGUGAAGGAACAGCUGUUGGGAGCUUCUUCAGCUUCAGCUGCAAUGCCAGGGCUACUGUUCCCUACUUGGAGUGACUAAAAGUCUAUUUCUGACUGAUUGGACCAAAAUAAAGCCCCAAACACUUCUUAAUUUAUAUUACACUGAUGCCUGGCACCUGCACCUCCCAGUUUAGGGCCCAUUGUAAUAGGGGCUGUAUAUACACAUAGCAUGCCUUGAGAAGCUUUUACAGUAUUAGGAGACCUGAUGGAACAAGGGUGGGCAAAAGGAAAUGUAUAAUCAGUGGUCAACAGCUGCUUGUUACUCGUUGGUGUAGAGUUAGGCAAAAUCAAACUCAUUUCCUCAUAAGCAAACGUCAUGGCUUGCUGGUCUUGCCUCUUGGCCUUUGACUCAUACAGGCCCAACACCAAAAGGUGGCUUUAUCUUGCUGGGUUCUGAAGAGGCCAAGAAGGUCUGGUGGGAUCUCUAGGGCUAUAGGAGAAUAAACCAAAACAUUAGCAAAAUCAGGUAUGUUCCCUUCAUCUUCAUUAUGACUGGGGAAAGCAAGAACAAAAUUUUCCAAAUGCAGCUCCAUUUGGCUACAUGAGGAAAGGAGAGUGAUUUCUUAACCAAGGUGUCUUGAGAUCCUUUGAAGGGUAUGGUAAACUUGGAGGAGAUAAGAGAGGUGUGAGGAAGUGAACAGAUAAGCACAGGUCCAGGCUCUCCCUCCCUGGAUGCUUUUGCACCACCAUAGUUUGGCCCUUUCCAAAGAGGUAAAUGCUGCAAUAACUGAGUGAGGUUUUUAAAACCGGGUACUGCUUAAUUCACAAUAGUUAUGGAGGGGGCUUAAGUUAGGAGGAGUGCCUUGAGUCUGAAAAAGUUGAGAACCAGCGCACUAUGCCAAUGGCCAAAUUGUGCCUUCGGUGAUGCUUACAUCGCCCCACUGGCUUUGGGCACCAGUCAGAGUAGACCAUGGGCCAAAAUUAGUGGGGAAAAGCUGGAGAAGAGGGAAGACCUUUCUUCUGGAGCCUUCAAGAAGAAACAAGUACAAAGGAAAUCUACAGUCAAUGCAGGCUACUUAAACAUUUGCGUUGUAUCCCUUUGAACCAAGCAUGGUGUUUGGCUCGCUGGAUGAUUAAUGUCUGCUGUAAAAGCAUCAGAGUUACUUUCAGUAAGAUGACAUUCACAUCUACCCUAUGUCUGGCUGCAGGAAAUGCCUAUUAAUGUCUGACUAGUCUGAAUUCCCAUCCAGGGCCUGGGCCAGAGUCCAUCCAAAUCAAUAGAAGGGUUCAUAUGGAUGGCAAUGAGCUAUAAGGAAGGUUUGAAGAGGACAAGAGAGUCCUUUGUAGGAGAUGCUCAGAGACUGAUAUGUCCUGGGAGCUUGGGUCUUUCCUUUCACUUAACCCAAUGUCAACCAGGCAUAACUCCAAAUCAAUGGCAUGUGGAAAGCAGCUUUAGGGCUAUUAAGGGCUUUUAAUAAUAUUUGCUGUCAACCAGGUACGUUCCAGUUCAUUGCAGUUAUUGCACAAGGCAGUGUUGCCUGUUGGGUAGAGAAAACCGCAAGCUGAGAGGUCCUUUUGUACACACAGCCUCACCAUACCUCAUUCUCCCCAUAUCUAUAUAUCAUUUGCAGGUAAUAAUACUCAUGCAGUUCAGAGAGGCCUAGGGAAAAAAGCACAUAGGAUGAGCACAGUCUCACAAGGAAGGGGGUGGGAAAUAAGACAGCUGAAUGGAAUGCAGUGAAGCUCAAUUUUCCCUCAUUGCCAUAUCCUGAUUGUAUCAAGAAUUACUGACUAAUAACUAGUAAUUUCACGUGAGUUAAAACAACAACACCGGCCCAUCCCCGCUAAUUAGGAAGGGCCCCCAUUUCUACUUCCUGAAGGACUGGCAUGUUUACUUGCCAUCCAGGUGAAACGCGUGAUUAAAUUUCCCCAGGGCUGAGGAAACCAUGACUCAUGUUCUCUUCCUCCU